AAUGAGUUCCGGCGGUGGGUUUCGAGGGCACAUCUUUGAAUAGAGAUACAGACUCUUACGUGACAAUCCUUGUCACGCAAUAAUUUCCCAGAGUCCUCUUAAUGAUUCCUAGUGACAAACAAAAAGCAAAGGUUAGCGAAAAACAGAAUGUCGCUCGCCAAAGCUGUUGUUUUGGAUAAUGGGUCUGAUACAAUAAAAGCGGGAUUUGCCGAGGAAGAUUCUCCUCAGACAGAGUUUAUCACUGUCGUUGGUCGUCCAAAGUACGCAAAAUUACAAGAACGAGCAGAUCGCGAAGAUCCGCUGGUCGGAAUUGAUGCCUUGGAUCAAAGAAGCGAUCUGGAUCUUACAUACCCUAUCGAGAAUUCGAUCAUAACGAGCUGGGAUGACAUGGAGACGAUCUGGAAGUACACUUUCGCCAAGCUAGGUGCAAGUCCCGAAGAACGCCCAAUUUUACUGACAGAAGCCCCAAUUAACCCACAAGUAAACAGAGAGAAGACAACUGAGAUCCUGCUCGAGACCUUCCAUACACCAGCGAUUUAUUUAGCUCCAGCACCUGUCCUGUCUCUCUAUGCCUCUGGCCAUAAGGAUGGUAUCAUUUUGCAGAGUGGUUUCGGCGUUAGUUACGCGGUCCCAAUUAGUGAAGGUUUCGCUCUUCGCCAGAACAUUUCGAGUCUCGAUUUGGCGGGUAAGUACUUGACUGAUUACCUCACAAAAAUUCUGAGCGAGCGGGGCAUUACUCUAACCGAGCACAGGAUAGCAACAGAUGUUAAAGAGAGGCUAUGCUAUGUCGCUCUGGACUUUGAAAAGGAGAUGAGUACUGCUGCCUCUGAAUCCGGCUUGCAGAGGAGCUAUGAGCUUCCUGAUGGUCAGUUUGUCACUCUGGGCGACGAGAGAUUUAGAUGUCCCGAGGUCCUGUUCCAGCCUUCACUGGCUGACACUGGCUCAUCGUUGUCACCCGGCAUCCAUCAGCUUAUAUCUGAGUCCAUCAUGAAGUGUAACGAAGAUAUCAGAAAUAAAAUGUACGCAAAUAUUGUCAUGUCUGGUGGCUCCACUAUGUUCAAUGGAAUUCGUGAAAGAAUGCGGAAGGAGAUCACUGCAAUUGCCGAGGCUUCACCUACAAGAAAGGUCAAGGUCAUUGUUCCUCCUGAGCCUAAGUACUCUGCGUGGAUUGGAGGAUCAAUCUUGGCUUCGUUAUCGGAUUUUCAGUCCAUGUGGAUCUCCAAGCAAGAGUAUGAUGAAGAGGGUCCCGCAGUUGUCAACCGCAAAUGCCAUUAGUCUUUAUAUAAGAAAAACUUGAACCUGUCCAUGAUUCUUCACGGUGUUGGCUUCGAGUUGUAGAUGAAUAUCGACAAAACGUGAUCUGAUGAGAAAUAGUUCAAAUGAACACAGAAACAUUUGUUUCAGUAUCCAUGUGUUAACCCUUUUCAGUUGCCCCCUUAGAGAGACUAGCAUCUUAUUUUUCUUCACAGUAUCACCGCUUAAUCAAUCAUUAAGGUCCUGAAAAUAAAGUGAGUGUCGCCAACUGAA